GACCCUGUCUGUCACAGCAUCCCUAAAAGACAGAAAGAAUUCUCUCAUCAAUUUUGGUAACCCUGAUCACAGGGAAAUUGGGUCAUCUUUGAUUUGAGCUGGGCAAAUUCUCAAUCCCAAGAAAAUGACAGCAGCAUUAGAGAGAUACGAAAAGCUAGGGAUAGGAGAGUCCCUCCCAAGAAUCUACCAAUACCCAAUAGCCUGCAGAGAGAUCAGCAUCAUUCUCAUAGGAGCUUACUCUAAGCUCCCCAAAAACCUUCAGUCUCUCGUCUUCCAACACACCCUCACCGCCUUCCGCCUCCUUCCCCUGAUGCAGACACAAAAUGCUGUUUCAGCGGCUAAUCUCCUCAUUCAGAGUGCUGAGGCUGUGUUGCCAAAGCAAAAGAAAGUUUUGGCUGUGACAGAGUUCAAGCAUGCAAAGGUUGCUCAUAAGAGGCGCUGUAAGGACCGACAGGAAGAAGGUUCAAUUCAACUUCCUCAAGAUGUUGUAGUGCACAUCUUCAGUUUUUUAGAUUUGCAAUCUUUGCUUUUGGCUGCAUCAGUAUGCCGGUUGUGGAAUUCGGCAGCAAGUGACAACCACUUGUGGCAUUUGCAACAUGUUAUGUACUUUGGUGAUUCCAAUAAUUGUUCCAAGGGUAGGGGGCUGCAAAUGCAAAGGUAUGGAAUACUUGAAAAUGAUGAGCAUAUGCAAUUGCAAAUGGAAGUUAAUGCUGGAACUGAUACUGACUGGAGAGACACUUUUAAAGAAGCAUGUAAAGGCAAUUCAUUAAAGAAACUUACAUCUCAUAGGGGAUACUGUGGGCACUGUGAUGCGGUUGUUUGGCUGAGUAACAUGAAAUGUUCCAAUAAACACUGUAGGCUAAACUCCAAAAACCAGCAAAUCAAGCACAUAUCACUUGAGCAGUGCAACUGGGGAUACGUUCCUCUCCAUACCCACCUUGUGGGCUCUAACCCGGGCACUCACAGGUAAUCUGAACUGUCUACUUUGUAGGUCUCACAGUAAAGGUUAUCCAUGCAAAAAAUUAGCUUUACCGGACAAAUAUAAACACAGGAACAAAGUGCGUUUUGUUUUAUAAAAUGGAUGAGUUAAGUUUACAAUCAUAUUUGUUGUUCAUUUUAUAAAGAAAAUGUGAUUUGUUCAUGUGUUUAUAGUGUGAGAAUAUUAUGUUUAUUAUGUAAAUAUGUUAUAUUGAUUGUAAGAAUGUAGGUUUAUUCUUAUUUCCUUUUUUAGAUUAGGUCUAUAUAACUUGGUUGUACACUUUGUAUUAUACACAAUUGAAUAUACAAGUUAUUCUUCAGAAACUUACAUAUAGAUGUCUAAUGAAAUUAAUUUUUUACAUUCAUUUAUUGCGGGGUCUACAAUGUAGACGACUUGGAUCAUCAAUAUGGAUCCAAAUUAGGACCCACAAGGGUGGAUAUGAAUGAGUAUGGAGAGAUGAAUGCAUGGAGGGGAGCUCAUGCUGUGCAACUGAUUCCUCUUCCUUGCAUAUAACUGGGGUUGAACUGUUGCAUCUGUUUUGUAAUAGAAUGUGUCAUAAUUUGGCCUAGGCACCAGAGCGAAUGCUUGUUGGUUUUGUUGUAGUGUAGUUUGUCAUUGCACUUUUGGAUCCUAAUUUCUAGAACAGCAACAGACAACCAGCUUUUCUGUAAUCACAACAAUUAAAAUAAUGCUGAGGAUCCUUGCCUUUGUUCUAAUGCUUGAACCCCGUCCAUGAACACAUCUGAUCAAAUAGGAAGAGAAGCAAUAUACUACCCCGUCAUCAUGUGAUUUUACUCCUCCAGUCAUCUAAAAGACUGGAUUUUAAGUGUUGUUUGACUAUGCGGAACUCCCUUUCAUUCUUUUGAUCCACCCUUUUUUGUCAGCAAAAUCGCAUCAUCACAGUGUGGCCCAAUCAAAUAAUCUCUGCUAUGCUUUUGUUUU